AUGUCAACACCGCCUCGUCGCUCUAGCCUCGGAAUGUUACUUCGACGCAGCAAAAGCAGCGACCUGAAGAGGCAGCAGGCUGCUAGGGAGCUAGAGCUCCAGCGCCAGCGCGAUGCCGUCCCCAAGUCCCCACCGCGCCUGCCGGUUCUUUACAAUGGCGCCCCUGCACCUCAACUAGGCCUCGGCGGCGAUGCUCGUCCCGAUUCUCUCGCCAUCGUCUCUGGAAGAGCUGAGCAAAUGUCGGCUGCCACCCCACGAGCCUCGAUGGAGCCACCCCACUCUGCCAUCAGCAUCCCCCCUCCCCCCAUCCCCAACGGCGGUUUUGAUCCUUACGCCGGCACCGGGAGUAUGGCACACCGCGGCCGCUACAGCUAUGCCAGCAGCGCGAUCAGUACCAUCAACAGCCCUAGAAGGGUUCGGAGGAGGAAGGACCCCACUCCUUUUAACAUCCUCAUCGUUGGUACGUCAAAUUCGGGCAAGACUUCUUUCCUUGAGUUUCUUAAGACUGCGCUUGCUCUCCCCGCAAAGAAGCGGGCGAAGAGCACUGUCGAGCAUGACGAGCCCCCAAGGGCGCCGCCUUCCGGCAACUUCAUCCCCCACUAUCUGGAGACCGAAAUCGAUAGCGAGCGUAUCGGCCUCACCCUGUGGGAUUCCGAAGGCCUUGAGAAGAAUGUGGUGGACCUGCAGCUUCGCGAGAUGUCGAGCUUCCUCGAGAGCAAAUUUGAGGAGACCUUUGCCGAGGAGAUGAAGGUGAUCCGGUCCCCCGGGGUACAGGAUACCCACAUUCAUGCGGUUUUCCUCGUCCUCGACCCCUCGCGCCUCGACCGCAACAUUGUGGCAGCUAGGGCCGCAUCUGCGAACGGCAAGCAAAACGGAGGAAAACAUAUCCCACAUACCCGCAUCCUGGGUGGCCUGGACGAGGAUCUUGAUUUGCAGGUCUUGAGGACGUUGCAGGGAAAAACCACCGUCAUUCCUGUCAUCGCCAAGGCCGACACCAUCACGACUAAGCACAUGAGCAUGCUCAAGCGGACGGUCGCGGAAAGCCUCAAAAAGGCAAACCUUGACCCGUUGGAAGCCCUUGGCCUCGACGACGACGACGAUUCCAGCAUCGACCCCGCCAGGAUCGACGAGGAGGACGAAGACCAGGCUUCGGAGCUCAGUGAGGAGGGUGAAGCUGUUGAGGCGGGCGAGGAAGGCUCGGAGUUGCCAAUCCAGAGCCAAGACUCGUCGCCUAAACCGAAGCGGCUCUCUAGCGGUUCCGUCCGUCGGCACAAGGCCACAGAGGAGACCCUCAAGGAGGACGAGGUGCCAUUUUUGCCCUUGUCGAUACUCAGCCCGGACAUCUACGAGCCUGAAGUCAUUGGACGCCAGUUUCCAUGGGGGUUUGCCGAUCCGUACAACGAGGAGCACUGCGAUUUUGUCCGCCUCAAAGACACCGUCUUCAGCGAGUGGCGGGGCGAGCUCCGCGAGCUUAGCAGGGAACAAUGGUAUGAAGGUUGGAGAACGAGCAGGCUCAAGCAGCAAGGGGCCAAGGGACAUCGGUGA